UAUUGGGUCAUCAAAACAGUGAUUUAUAUCUGGAUUCAUUGGUGACUUAUUAAUGAUAAGGUUACGAUUGCAAUUGGUCCUGCAAUCACCUGAUAAUUGUGGAAAUUCACAAGGCGCUGGAUUUUAAAACAAGGAACACAUGCCAAUCGAAAUGUGUGCGGAUUUCUGUUCAAAUUUCAGGACAUUGUAUUUAAUGACCAACCGAACUCUCGGAACGUCGUCAGUGUCAAUGCGGCAUUUGUUUAUACUGUGUUUGCACUUUCUGAUUUUGCUGUCACCUGUUAGAUCAGAGACUUGUACAAUGCUUGGCCCAUGUAGCUGUAAAACUAGCAAAGGGACUAUCGACUUAACUCCACUCUCUGGGAACGGACAGGUCGCAAAGUUCACUUUCACCGACACUGCCUCCAAGGAUGUCUACAGCUUUAGUCCAUGUGUAGCUUUCUCUGAAUUUACUGGAUGUGCUGAUGCUGCUAUGUGUCAGCUGCAUGAUACUGGUUAUUAUUUACUUGGCAAGCAAGACAGCAUGGAGUUUCUGGGAGACCCCCAGGCAGGCAGUCUGGUGAUGCACUUUCUCCCACAGGCUCAGAGGGAGAGCAGGAUAGCCCUUCACUGCAGUCCUGGGAAGGAAGGAGAGUUUAUAUUCAUAAAAGAAGAUCAGGAUCCUACUACAAAGCAGUCCACUUUUCAAUUUAGUUUGACAACAAAGUACGCUUGUCUACCUGAUCAUAGUUUGAGUUUGGGCUCUGUACUCUGUAUAAUACUGUUAGUACUAGUAAUCAUCUACCUGGUCUGUGGAAUUCUCUUCCUGAAGUUUGUGAGAGGGGCGCAGGGGGCAGAACUCAUACCAAACCUAGAUUUCUGGAAAGAUUUCCCUUUUUUAGUGAGGGACGGAUUUUAUUUUGUCAAAAAUGGUUGUAAAGAAGAAAGUACAUAUGAGAAGAUCUAGACAUCAUCCAGUUGGCAGGGAGGCAGGCAGCUAUUUCUGUGGGGUCAUCUAACAUCAAUAUCACUGUGUCAUCUGUCACCAUUUCAUAAAGAACAAGAUACACUUUGUAUAUGUACAGUGUGGGCAAUGAUUUUACAGUUUUCAAUGGCAAAGGCUUUCAGAAUUUUCUGAAGUGGCAAUUAGGUUUAAUAAUUUGAAAUAAUUGAAAAGUUAUUUAGGAGCCAAUACUGUGAUAACCAGCAAGAUGUUUAUUUUUCUUCAUACAAUUUUAAAUAUGAUGAAUAUUGAACAUUAAAAUGUAGACACUAACCUAAGGGGGUCGGUCAUAAAUUUUUACCAUCAUUUUCAUAAAUUUACAAAACGUUCACUGGGUGGUUGGGGGUGUGUGUAAAUGCUCUCUGUACACUUUUGAAAAAUUAUAAAAAUGACGAUCCAAACUGAUGUCGAAGGUCACGGUUUUAAGUUUUUCAUUUUAUACUCUGGAAAGGGGAAAGGGGAUCCAGAAGAAAAAUGCUUCGUAGACAAGUUUUGUGAAAAAAUGAUGGUAAAAAUGGUUGACCCCUAAAGAUGCAAGUGGCAAAAAUGAUGCUAAGCUUAUCCUAGAAAUAUAUUUUAGAUGUAAGUUUAAGAUGUUAAGAUUUAUCUUUAAGACAUUUGGAAAGUUUAGAGCAUCUGUCUCGAAUUGAGAUUGGCAUUUUCAAAUGGACCAAUAUAGGUUGUUGCAAUAUUUAUAAGCUUAGGUUUUAUGUAUUAUGAAUUCCAUUCUUUUGAAUAUUGUACAGAAAAAAACCUCUUAGUUUUAUUUCCUUUAGUUGUUUAUGUAGUUCUAAUUAAUGAAGACUGCUAUUGUGCCAUUCCACAGGCAAGCUCAAAUAACUUGUACAUUGUACAUAAUCCAUGUAUGUCAGUGGAGUUGCCAUUUUUAUAAUGAAUAGAAUUUUUGAAACUUUUUCUCUGAAAAUUGUAUUUUGCUGGACAACAGAGUUCCUUGAACAUACAGGAAAUCCAGUGACUUAUACUUUUAUGUUUUUAAUGCUCACAGACUUAUAGAAUCUGUUAAUCUUUCUACCAAGAAGGCAGGUACUAGUAUUUAGAAUUAUUAGAGUAUUAACAGGUGGCAACAUCAGAUAGGAUAUCUUUACUUAUGUUUCUGUGUGAAUAGUUAGCUGAAAUACCAUGAAGUUAUAUGUUAACAAAACUGGGAUAAAUGUCUACAAACAGUUAAACUUAGGUAAUACUUCUCCAGUAUUUCCAUGUUUAGCCAUACACCUUCAUAAGGUGAAGCAUUUCAUUAGGACAAGGUGACCUGUCAGACACUAAGACAUUAGGGUGGAAAUAUGUGUUGUUUAAAAGGUUAAGAUACUGUGUAUCAUUAGUUAUACAGCUUGACAUUGGUUGAG